CAAACCCAUCGAAUAGCCAAAGAGAAAUUACCCCUGCUUGCUGUUCAAGGGAUUUGUUUUUAUUUUGUAGCCGAGUCCUCAGCUGAUGUUUUCGGUCUUGCCUCUAUUUGUUUAAAAGUGCGUUAGCAGUAAAUCAAGGUGCAUUUCCCCUGUAGGGUUUCCUGUAUGUCAAAGCCAUGUUAAUUCUCUUUGAUUUUCUUCCCCUAGCCCCAGCCAUUGCUGCAGAUCCUUCCUCUCUUUGUCCCUUUGGACAUCAAAGGCUCGCGAGGGGACAGCCCUGGCGGGAAGCUCCUCCCUGCUCAUUAUCCUCCAUAAAACAGGAACUCACCUUGGCUAGCUGUGCUUGGAGCCCCAUCCUCAUCCCGCUCACUCUUGACACUGGAUCUCAGAAGGAAGGGCCUGUGCUUGCUCCAGGAAAUCAGACCUGCUUUGGAACUGGACUAUUUUGGCUCCCCUUGUAAGAACUCUGGUGGCUCCCUUGGCCCUGCAAGCUCCUCGAGGUCACAGUACAUGGAAAAAUGCAAGCUUUACCAGACGUGAAAGCGCCGUGUGAGGCCCUUCCUUCCCCCAGCCUGGAGCCCUUCCCACAGAGCUCCAUCGUGGUCACCCUCGAGGACAUGGGGCUCUGGAUGAAGUUUCACCAGAUAGGAACUGAGAUGAUCAUCACCAAAUCUGGCAGACGAAUGUUUCCUCAAUGCAAAAUCAAAGUCUCUGGCUUAAUCCCAUAUGCCAAGUACCUCAUGCUGGUAGAUUUUGUGCCGAUGGAUAACUUCAGGUACAAGUGGAAUAAAGAUCAGUGGGAAGUUGCUGGAAAAGCAGAGCCCCAGCUCCCUUGUCGCACCUAUGUCCACCCAGAUUCCCCAGCUCCUGGCAGCCACUGGAUGAAAGAACCUGUCUCCUUCCAAAAACUGAAGCUCACUAACAACACUCUGGAUCAACAUGGGCAUAUCAUCCUGCACUCCAUGCACCGCUACAAGCCGCGCUUCCACAUCGUGCAGGCAGAUGACCUCUUCAGUGUCCGCUGGAGCAUCUUCCAGGUGUUCAGCUUCCCUGAGACUGUCUUCACUUCUGUCACUGCCUACCAGAACGAGCAGAUUACAAAGCUCAAGAUUGACAACAAUCCAUUUGCUAAAGGUUUCCGUGAACAUGGGAAGAACACUCGAAGGGAAGGACGAGCCAAAUGCCAGAAGCCCAGUCCAGCCAAGAGCCAGAAGAGGAAGCUGCCUGAGGAAAAGGAGCCUGCUGCUGAGGAACGUGAUUUUGAGAAGGAUGAGAAUGUAGAUGUGAAGGAAGAGAGUAACCCUGUGGUGGUGAGCAGUGGAUAUCCCUUCUGGGGCUCGGAGCAGAACAGCAGCCAGGCCUUCCCUGCAGCCUCACCAGUGCCUGCUGAGCAGAGGGAGGGUCUGGCCAGAGAGCAGCAAGUGCCAACGCCGUCCUACCAGACAUAUCGGUUCCACGAAGCUGGGGACAGCCAGCAGCUUCCCAGCCGCGAUGCCGCCACCUUGAACGAUUUCCGGGCGAGGUGCCACGCCUUGGAUCUCGCCAUGGUGCCCGAGCACGACUCCAGACAGCUCCCAGAGGGCUUCACCAACCUGCCCCCCCUGCCCCCACCUCUGCCUCCUCCCCAGGACUACACAGGAGUGGUGAACAUGGCUCUGGACUCGGUGGGGAAAGCCGGGGCCCGCGCGCCCGUGUACAGUCCCUAUGGCAGCGAGCAGGGCCUGGGCCAGUGGGUGGUGCCUCCCCACAGCCAGUACAGGGCAAUGAGCUACUCAGCCUUCUCCACGGAGUACAACACACAAGGAACUCCAGGACAUGCCCAUGGCACCAUGGCAGAGUGGAGCCAGUACCCUCUGUUCCCCUACGCCUGCUGGUGAAUGGGGAGGACCUUUCCCAGUGAAAAAACUGAAAGAAAAUUGUAAAUGAGAUUGAGUCUGCUCUGGGGUGUUGGACUUGUGAAGCUUUGCCUACACUAGGCAGAGGUAUUUGCUGCAAGCAGUAGCAUGGGACACCUUCACUUCCUUGUCUCCUUGCACGACAGCCCUCACCAUAUUUCACAAGCAGUGGUUAAACUGGUGGCUGCCCCAGCCGUGUCAUUGUGGGUCAGGCUCAAUGUGUUCUGCAGUGGCUUUUUUCCCAGCAGGAGUAGGAAACCACAGGUCUGCAAGAACAGUAUUUAAAGAGCUGCUGAACUCACAGUCACAGUGUUGGUACCUCGUUUUUGGCAGUUUCCAACAUCCCUUCCUCCUGGGACUUGGUGCAAGGAGAUAGGGGCUGCGGACUUCCAGUAAGCCAUCCACGUGGCCAAAGGGCUGUAGAACAUAGUGCAAAGAUGAGGAAAGCAAGCAAUCCUGGUGAAUGUUGAGCAGCUUCCUCAAUUAGUUUAGUCAAAGUAAUGCUAAAGUCUCACCGUUCUUCCAGCAGCAGAUAAGAGUCAAAUGCACAGCAAAGUGUGUCUGGAGCACAGCGGUGGGUCGUGCAGGCAGGGGAGAGUUUGUUCCAUGCAGAAGUAGCAGCAAGGCUGUGUGUGGUGUCUUCCUGUUCCCGUGUCCAUCCCUCCUCUGUCAGCCCUAGAUUCAAGGUCAGUGACACGCUCUUCAUUCUGUGGAGGUGGAGGGGGUUGUUCAUGGAAUUGGGGGGGCUCCUCUGGGGCUUUCCCAGGUUGUCAGAAGCAGGGCCAUGAACAGCAGUGCUGCUGUGUCACUCCAGCCUCUGCCUUUAGAGGGAGAGGAAAUUUUCCACUGUGAGCUUACUCCUUCUCGUGCUCCUUGCUACCCCUGGAGAAUAUAAUUUAUAGUUGUGGUUCCUGCUGCUCUGUGAGUGUGUGAAGUCAUCUCACUGCUGUUUGGGAGCCUGUAGGGAUCUGUCCAUGUUCAGUUAUCAGAGUGGUUCCAGCUCCCUCCUCUCUGGUCCCAUCCUGAGCGGGAGCAGCCUGUGCACUGCCAUGCAGGCAGGGAUUCUUCUCCCUGGUAGAAGGGGGAGGCCUCCCUGUUUGCCCAAGGCAGAUGGCCCUGGCACUGGGGACCUGGUGAGACAGACUCAUUGCUUCUCAGGGAGGAUAGACAUGUUGCUAGGUGUUAUUUAGGGAAUGUUUUCGUGUCACACUAAUAGCUGCCGUGUGCCUGCUGCCAUCAGUAGGCACUGAGGUGUCAUUUAGCCUGUGUGCCAGAUGGUUUUCUGAGUGCACACACGUGUAAGAGUUUGUGUGUGUGUGUGUAGCAAGAUGUCUCUGAGCAGACCUGGGAAGGUUUGUGCCCACAGACCCCUGUGCAGGGACACUGGGAAAGGCUGUGCACCAAGUUCUUGGUUCACUGUGCAUCUGCAUAGCAUAGGGAUGUUGAGCCAUGUUGUUAUUGUUAAAAUUACUGUGAAAAAUAGCCUGCAAAUCUGUGGACUCAGCUACAAUGACUGUUUCCUUAUUUAAAUUGUAUAUCGUGAACUGCUUUUGUACCAUGAUUAUGAUAUGUACAGAGCAGCUGAGUACUUCCCCUGGGCUUCCCAGGAUUUGAGGAUAUGCAGCAUUGAAAUAAAGGUCAGACUUUGCCACAGUACCGUGUACACAAUGCCCUGUAAGCCUCCCCUCUGAUGGCACCCUGGCCAGUAGUGAUUUGUACCUGCUGUGCAUGAUACACACGUCUGGAUAUGAGCAAUUCACAAAGAGAUCUGGCUGGGGAAACAAAAUGUGGAGCAGGUUCUUUUUUAUGCCAAAAUAUCAUGAUUUCCUGCUAUCCAAAUGCCAGCUGUGUGAAGGCAGGUCAGCUGUAAAAGGCUCUCUCUGGCCAUUAGUAUGUCCUUCACAUCUUGGAAAUAAGAUGGGCAGAAUGUCUGGGGAGGUGAGUGAGCACCAUGUGCAGGGACCCGAGGGGGAAUGCAUUCCCUACAGGCUACCUGGCUGGAUCUCUUUCUUUAUCUUUGUAGCUGGGAGGUGUUUCCCUGUCACAGAGCACUAAUAAGGAUGAAAAGCUGCAGUGAGCAUGAGUAACAGAGCUGGGCAGCACUGGGGAAUUCCUGUGAAAACAGGAGUGCAAUGCUGUUUCUUUCAAACCUUUGGGUAGCAGUACAGGUGCUGCUGCCCCCGGGGCCUGCAGUAGAGCUGGUUUGGCAGACAGCUCUGCACUGGGGUAAAAGACUCAGCUUUGUGCCUAGGACGAGCCAUCAAUUACUCAUCAGCCUUCUGUUGCAACAGGACUGCUUGCCCUUCUCCAGUGAAUCAUCCAGCUUGCUGGAGAAGUACCUAUCCUUUCUCUCUGAUUAGAGACUGUGCUCGGCUUGUUUGGGAAGCCUUUGGAGAUUUUGCCUGUAGGUGUGCUCUGGACUCUGCUCCCGCCCCCUCCCUUUGCAGUUCCCACUGGCUUGUUUUCUUCAGCUGUGGCAUUUAAAGUCUGUAGGAGCUCGACUGAAAUGCUGGUUUUGCACGCAUGUGAGAUAAUGUAAUGCCUCUGACAGCUUCA